AUGAGCCGCAGUUACAACGACGAGUUGCAGUACCUCGACAAGAUCCACAAAAACUGCUGGAGGAUCAAGAAGGGCUUCGUGCCCAACAUGCAGGUGGAAGGAGUAUUCUAUGUGAACGAUCCUCUAGAGAAGCUGAUGUUUGAGGAGUUAAGAAAUGCCUGCCGAGGUGGUGGUGCUGGUGGCUUCCUGCCGGCCAUGAAGCAGAUCGGCAAUGUGGCGGCCCUGCCUGGGAUCGUUCAUCGAUCUAUUGGGCUUCCUGACGUCCACUCUGGCUAUGGAUUUGCCAUUGGGAAUAUGGCUGCCUUUGACAUGAGUGACCCCGAAGCAGUGGUGUCCCCAGGUGGUGUCGGGUUUGAUAUCAACUGUGGUGUCCGUUUGCUGAGGACCAACUUGGAUGAAAGUGACGUCCAACCGGUGAAGGAGCAACUCGCCCAGGCCAUGUUUGACCACAUUCCUGUCGGCGUGGGGUCUAAGGGGGUGAUCCCCAUGAAUGCCAAGGACCUGGAAGAGGCCCUGGAGAUGGGUGUGGACUGGUCCUUACGAGAGGGCUAUGCCUGGGCCGAGGACAAAGAGCACUGUGAGGAAUACGGACGGAUGCUGCAAGCCGACCCCAACAAGGUCUCCGCACGGGCUAAGAAGAGAGGCCUGCCCCAGCUGGGGACCCUGGGAGCAGGAAACCACUAUGCCGAAAUCCAGGUGGUGGAUGAGAUUUUUAACGAGUACGCCGCCAAAAAAAUGGGCAUCGACCAUAAGGGGCAAGUGUGCGUGAUGAUCCACAGCGGCAGCAGAGGUCUGGGCCAUCAGGUCGCCACAGAUGCCCUGGUGGCUAUGGAAAAGGCAAUGAAACGGGACAAGAUCAUAGUGAAUGACCGCCAGCUGGCCUGCGCUCGAAUCUCCUCUCCUGAGGGACAGGACUACCUGAAGGGAAUGGCAGCCGCUGGCAACUACGCCUGGGUCAACCGCUCUUCCAUGACUUUCCUAACCCGACAGGCCUUUGCCAAAGUCUUCAACACAACCCCCGAUGACCUGGACCUUCAUGUGAUUUAUGAUGUAUCUCACAAUAUUGCCAAGGUAGAACAGCAUGUGGUGGAUGGAAAAGAGCGAACUCUUCUGGUACAUAGGAAAGGGUCCACCAGGGCUUUCCCUCCUCACCAUCCCCUCAUUGCUGUUGAUUAUCAGCUGACCGGACAACCAGUACUGAUUGGUGGGACCAUGGGGACCUGCAGCUAUGUACUUACUGGCACUGAGCAGGGCAUGACUGAGACCUUCGGAACAACUUGCCACGGAGCUGGCCGUGCACUGUCCCGAGCAAAAUCUCGACGAAAUCUGGACUUCCAGGAUGUUUUAGAUAAAUUGGCAGACAUGGGAAUCGCAAUCCGUGUUGCUUCACCCAAACUGGUGAUGGAAGAGGCUCCGGAAUCCUAUAAAAACGUCACAGAUGUGGUGAAUACCUGUCACGAUGCCGGAAUUAGUAAGAAAGCCAUUAAACUGAGACCUAUCGCUGUUAUCAAAGGCUAGCGACCUGACCGGGAUACGAAAACUGAGGCGUCACCAGACUUGGCUGAGAAAUGGACCGGAAUUCUACCCUGUCUCCAAAUCACUGUCCUAACUAACUCCUAAAUUUGCUGCUUUCACUUCCAUUUCCAAAAUGACUGACAGGAUAGGAUGCUCCUUUGGUUAUCCAGCCUUUCUUAAGGGGCAGUGCUGCCUCUUCUAAGUACUAAUGAAUUUAUCUACUCUUAACAUGAUCCCAUAAUUGUAGGUGAAUUUUUAUUUUGGAAAAAAACAAAUCAGCUCAGUCAGUAAUUAGCAACGGAGACGUAAAGCCCACCGUCUCCGGUAACAGGCUUACCAGAAUUUCUUUCUCCACGUCUCGGCGUAGCUUGACAGAUGUUGAGGGGAAAUUCCCCCCCCAAAAAAAGCUUUAGUACAUGCAAGCCUUACUGACGGGAUAAAAGCCUGGCUACCUGAUGGUGUAUUGGGGCAUUAGCUGAAUAGGUAGUGGGGAGAACUACGUUUGAUCCUUGUUCCGAGGGGACAUGAGUUUGGUUAGCAGCCUUUCCCUCUGAAGGCAAAGACCUUAUUUGUAUGCUGUGUUAGGUCCUCCCCUCAUAUCUAUGAGGAGUAAUGGUUACCUUUGCAUUUAGUAAAUAAAUAUUAAAUCACCCCAACUGUGAGAUGGACAGUGGCUCUUGUGCCCGACUAGUCGCAACCACUCCGGUUGAAACUUAGCACAUCUCAUUUUCUGGUCUGUAUCCACUGGAACAGAACCCCGGUUGGUGAAUUACAGAGGCCUUGGUGUGACCAAGCAAUCAGUAAAAUGGAGAUAGCAUAAAUCA